AGCAAGCAAACCCUGCAGUGCCAGACAUGCCACUCAGGUGCUUAAGAUGGAUGUGGGAUAUUUGGUGCUUGUUACUUCCGUCCAUCGGAUUCUCAUACUCAGAUGACCAGAAGCAGGAAGAAAACAGUACUACUAGUUCUGUACAUUUUCCAGAUGAUGUUUUGAUAGACAUAUUAAGCAGACUACCUGCAGAAUCUUUGCUCAGAUGCCAGAAGGUCAGCAGACAUUGGAGAACACUGACUAGUGUUACAUCAGCAAGUUUUGUCAGAUUAUGGUUGCAAAGAACCUCUCCUGUGAUUUGUAUGAGUGUAAAUGGCUAUGGCUGGUUGAGAGAAGUGGGAAAUUCGUUUUUCGUUUAUGAUCAUCACUCUACUUCUAAGGCUUUGAAGAUCAAGAGAUUAAGACUCGGGAAAGCAUCAUCAGCCCUUGAAAAAGAUGUAUAUCUCGCAUCGUCAUGUGGAGGGUUUCUCCUGUUUAAUGGACGAAAGCGUUGUUACUUUCUGAAUCCGUUAACAGGAGAACAUGUUGGGAUGUACUGUCCUGUCCCAGGUUUUACAUGUGGCUUCUAUUACCAUUCUAGGAUAAGUAAGUUUAAGGUUCUUUAUGCACAGACGUUUAGUGAUGAUUGCUGCGUGGUCCGCCAUUAUUAUACGUACACUCUUGGUGAAGAUGAUUGGAAGAGGAUAGUGAAGGAGCCACCUUCCUGGCCCUAUGCACCUGUCCUGCACAAAUCGACCCCUGCUGUUUGUAAUGGUUUCUUGCAUUGGGUCGCGUUUCAGGCACCAGGAUGGAGAGAUCCUGCAGAUUGCUCGCGCGCGAUCCUUCUGUUCAGGAUGGACAGUGAAGAAUUCUUUACGCUGGCGCAUCCUGGUUAUAAAUGCCCAAACAUAGAGGAUCAUGAAACGAUGAAUCUGUUGGUGAAGGAUGAGCAAUUAGCCCUUUGUAAUGUGAAUCAGUAUCUGGGAGUGAUUGAUAUAUGGAUUUUGGAGGAUUACACAAACUGCUGCUGGGAUCUAAAAUGGAGGCUUGAUCUAUGUCUGGCGGAGAAGCCAGUAUUUGUGGAGAAAAGAUGUUAUACCUCUGUGAAGCUGGUACACAUUCACAACGGAGAACUGUGGUUGGAUUGUAAAGAGAGAGGGAUAUUUGUGUAUGAUAUCGAAAGGAAUAUGGUUACAAGACUUGGAGGACCCCCUUGGAGUCCCAUCUCUGCACUCAGCCUAUCAUCCUACAAUGCACAUGAAUGCAUUCCCUUUGCUAAGAGCCAUCUGCGUCUUCCUAAAUCCAUGCUCUCCCUGAAACGUUCUCUGCGAUUACCUCCUUUCUGAAUACUAUUGCUGUUGUUAAAUGACAUUAAUAUUGUUGGGAUAUUUGUGUUUUCAGAUUAUCUGGCGAUUACUCGUUUGUAAUUGAGGAUGGAAGAGUGAUAUUCUUUAUCAGGGAGAAUACAUUGCCCACGAUGCUUAAACACCAAAACAAAUUCAGCAUAUUCAAACAGCCCAUUAUGCUUAACAUCAACCAGAUCGGACAGCUGCUGUGGUAGGACAAGAUUUUGCAGAUUCCUAUUGAACUUUUAGAGAUGAAAGCGUACUGUAUAGACUUUCUUUGGUGUUCAUCACAGAACACGGUUAAUGUUACAUCAAUCGUCC